AUGAAACUAUCACAUAUGCCUAAAUAUUCUAAUUGCUCGUUGUUCGACAAUCGUAUGAAUACAUGUGGUUCAGACUAUGGAGUUGAUGAGAUCUAUUCAGCUGCCGAGCUUAAGGCAUAUUUUACUAACGUUGGUGAAGAGAAAAUCACUCUAUUUGAAUUAAUCGAAUCUCGAUUCAAUCCUCCACGUCAACUAAAAUCCAUAUGUGCUAAACAUCGUGCUGAAUAUGGAACUCAUUAUGACCCAGGAAAUUCUUGUCAAUAUCCUCAUUGCUUUCGUCAAAGCAACAUUAUACAAAUGGGUCCAAAUGCUUCGAGAAAGCUUCGGCAAUAUCGCAAAUUGCCUAUGUUGGCAAAUAUUUGUGACAAGUGUCGAGAAGAGAUCAAAAUUACAUACAAUAUCGACGCUCAAAUCAUUAUCAUCGAUGGCGCUUUCUGGUGGGAAAUCCCAUUGGUACUAGCUGAACCUUCAAAAAAUCCUAUAGAAACAAAUACCGAUGUAAAAAUAUCUCAAUCGUCCAUUUCGCAAGCAAGUGCACUGAUACAAAAUAAUCAUCUUGGUUUAUGUGGUCUGGAAAAUAUUGGCAAUACGUGUUUCAUGAAUAGUAUUAUUCAAUGUCUGAGCAAUAUAGUUGAUUUGAAACGAUAUUUCGUGCCUUGUAAAUGUAAAGCUCAUCUUAAUCAUGAUAAUUCAAAUGUUAAUCGUGAAAAUGUAGCUCAAUUAUUUGGUGAACUCUUGAGGUGCAUGUGGACAACAGAAAACUACGACGCAACGACAUAUAAACUGAAGAAAUAUAUCAGCAAUUAUGCAACACGAUUCCGUGGUUAUCAUCAACAAGAUGCUCACGAAUUUCUUACGUAUCUACUCGAUGUCUUACACGAAGAUUUAAAAAGUGGUGGUGACAAUCAAUCAUCAAUUAUUUCUGAACUUUUUCAUGGACGUAUGCAAUCGAAUAUUAAAUGUUUGGAAUGUUCGAUGGUUAAUCAAAGUCAGGAUUCUUAUAACUAUUUGGCCCUAUCGAUAGCUGAACCAAUGAAAGAACAGGAAAAUACAUUUGACUUUUGUUACGUCUCUUUGGACGGUACAAGAAUUAAUCAUCAAUUCACAUUCCUACAAUACGAUACGAUUGGACAUUUAAUUGAUCGAUUCGUGAAACUUAAUCCACAAACGAAAUAUAAUUAUCCACAAAUCGUAGCAUUUGAAAUCACUAAUGAAAAUCGAAUCAGUGGUUCUUUGCAUCGGAACCGUUUUAUCAGCAACCUGUCUGGUCGUUCUAUCAUUUUUUACGAAAUGCCCGAUAUUAGUGAAACAUUAUAUUUCGAAUGUUUGCUUCGUUAUAAGAAUCAAUCAAAAGAAUACUUUUACCAUCCUAUUUUCAUAAGCGUUUCUAAAAAUGAACGCACCGACAAAGGAAUCGUUCAUCAAUUUAAUACACUCAUACCAAAUCUCUUUCCUGGUUCAAUAUAUCAAAUCUUCUAUCUUAAUCAGAAAAACGAAGAAAUCUUAUUCGAAUCCAAUUCAAAAAUCAUGUAUAAUACGACUUUUGUUAUUGCUCUUGAUUGUUACACAAUGAUCGAACGUACUCGACAAACACACAAUCGAUUAAAUCCUGAAACAGCAAACACCAAUACAAUAACAAUUGAAUCCUGCAUUGCGAAUUUAUUUGUUGAACAGAAACUUUCAGAAAAUAGUGAAUGGCAUUGUUCAAAGUGUGGAAAAGUGUGUCUAGCACUUAAAUACAAUCAAUUUUCAAGUGUUCCGCACGUACUAAUUUUGCAAUUGAAACGCUUCUAUUAUGCUUCUGAUUCAAAUUCAAAAAUUAACACAAUGGUUUCCUAUCCAUUUAAACUUGAGCUUACUGCUUGCAGCUCAAAUAAAAAACCUUCAUACAACCUGAUCGCCGUCUGUCUUCAUCAAGGCUCUCUUUCAGGUGGUCACUACUACACAUAUGCUAAACAUCAUCUUACAAACAAAUGGUAUCGUUUCGAUGAUACAUCCGUAACGUUAAUGCAAAAUGAAGAUCAAGUUAUCAGCCGCAACGCUUACAUACUUUUUUACGUACGAAACAAUGGUAUUUGA